CUUUACAUCGUUAGUGCGCGACACGACGCUCAAACCGAGAAGAGCUGUCAAAAACAUCCCGCUAAAGGAUGGCUAGCUGAAUAAGUUAUCCUGAAUUAUAAUAUAACUCCAGUCAGGCGUUGUUACACGAUACAGGCAUUCCCCUGGUACGUGUUUUCGGCAUUUCAUAUGUAGCACACUCAAGAGGAUCCAUGUCUUUUCUUCGUUGGGUAACUGAGAAACUGAGUGUGGAGAGCCUGCGGGAUUUGGAGUUAUUUGGAGAGCAAGCUCAGGGACUCUCUCACAGGAAAGCCCAUGAGGAGAGCCAGGAGAGUCUGACCUCCCUCCCACGGCGGGACACCAUGGGCAGCUUCCUCCCUGACAGCAGCUCCUACGAGCUCCUCACCGUUAUCGGACGAGGUUUGGAUGACUUGAUGACAGUGAACCUGGCUCGAUACAGACCCACAGGAGAGCACAUAGCCAUCCGACGGAUAGACUUGGAGUCAUGCACUAAUGACAUGGUCACCUACCUGCAGGGUGAACUACAUGUGUCCAAGUUGUUUCACCACUCCAGUAUUCUACCCUACAAGAGUGUCUUUAUAGCUGAGAAUGAGCUGUGGGUCAUUACCCCCUUCAUGGCUUAUGGGUCAGCCAGAGAUCUGAUCUGCACACAUUUUGCUGACGGUAUGACGGAGCUGACCAUUGCAUACAUUUUGCUGGGCAUGCUCAAAGCUCUUGAGUACAUCCACCACAUGGGAUAUGUGCACCGGAGUGUGAAGGCCAGCCAUGUGUUGAUCUCAGCUGACGGACAGGUCUGCAUGUCAGGUCUACGGAGCAUCUUCAGCCUGAUCCGUCAUGGUCAGAGGGCCAAAGUGGUCCACGACUUCCCUCAGUACAGCGUCAAGGUGCUGCCCUGGCUCAGCCCUGAGGUGCUGCAGCAGAACUUGCAGGGCUACGACUCUCGGUCAGACAUCUACAGCCUCGGCAUCACAGCUUGUGAACUCGCCAAUGGACAUGUUCCCUUCAAAGACAUGCCAGCUACACAGAUGCUGCUGGAGAAGCUAAAUGGGACGGUGCCAUGUUUACUGGACACCACCACCAUCCCGCCAGAGGAGCUGUCCUUGAAACCGUCUCGCUCUGGGGCUGACUCUGGGAUCUGCGAGGGUCCAGGAGCCGGAAGUGUUCGCCACUCCAACGGAGAGCCCUCCUCCUCGUCAGGAGGACACCCCUACAACCGGACGUUCUCCCCACACUUCCACGCCUUCGUUGAGCUCUGUCUGCAGCGAGACCCGGAGAUGAGACCGUCUGCCUCCACUCUCAUAGGUCAUCCUUUCUUCAAGCAGAUCAAACGCCGGCCCUCGGAGGCGCUGCCUGAGCUGUUACGGCCCGUGACGCCCAUCACCAGCUUCGAGACCUCCCAGCUGCAGGGCUCUCCCUCCGGCCUGGCCAGUCUGGAGUCAGGCCUCAGCCACCUGGAGGUGGACGACUGGGACUUCUGACAGUGGAGGACGAGGUGGGGAGACACUUGUGGGAUUCUGAUGGUGAACUCUCUGAGCUUACAGGACUACAGGAAAAUGUGUUUUUUUAAAGGUCCUCUUGUAAAUAGUUUAAAUCUCAAACUAAAAGGAGUUGCUGUUCUCAGACGGAGGUUAAAAGCCAGCAGCCAUCUUGCCUCUUUGUGAUGUCUCUCACAUGCUUUUGUUCUCUAGAUAUGCAGAUAUGCAUUUUCUUGCACUGCACUGAUGGCCUCUUUCACACACACAGUUUACAGAUCGUAAACACGCAUAACCUCCCUCCCCGAGCCAAAACACAACAGGACUCCUCUAAUCCUCCUGCAGCUGCUGAGGUUUUGGAGGAGGAUCUUUGGAUGUAGACGUAGCCAAGACCUUAAGAUUCUCAAAUGGAUCAGUGGGAAGCUGCUACUGAUUAUUCAGAGGGGCCACUCUACCUCUCUGAACAAGGCUGCACAGUGGUCCUCACAGCUCACUCGGCCUCUCUACACCAGACGGAGGGUGCCGACUUUGUGCUGAGGGUCAACUUAAUGAACAGCAUGUAUACGCAAUUCUCAUCUCGCUGCCUGUGUUACAGUGUAAACCACAUCUCAUGCUUUACACGUCACUUUUGUUGCACAGAGGUUAAGCAUAACAUCUGUUCAGUUUAACCUUUGGAGAAUAGAAGUAUGUAUUUCCUUGAACUUACUCUGGGUGUGAUGUUACUUAUGUCAGAAGUGAAUGUUACAUUGGUGCUUGUUUUGUCUGCAUGUACAGUUCAAAGUGAGAGCAAAGUGUUGCAAAUGUCAAACUUGACUUUUAACAAUAAACAUUGUUCACUUUAA